AGUUACACAUUCCGAACAUGGUGGUGUUAGUUGAUUAGCAUGUUGUUUUUGUGUUAAGUGAGUUUUAAAGGAUGUGUGCAGCGCUGAGUGAGUCCCCGUUUUAGACUCAGAGGAGAAAAAUAUAAACUAUAAUUACAGUUAAUGAGGGAAGUGUAACGGAGAGAGAGAGAGAGAGAGAGAGAGAGCCGCGCGCGGACAGAAUGAAUCAGUUUGAGGAUUUAAAAGAUGAAGUAGAGGAGGAGAAAAAGAAUGUGACUGACUCAGAAUCUGUGAAUAAUAACAAUAACCGGAGGAAGACAAUGACCCCAGCUCCAGGUGAACACCCCCUGCAGUAUAACUACACCUUCUGGUACUCUCGCCGGACCCCCAGCCGCCCCGCAAACACACAGAGCUACGAACAGAACAUCAGACAGAUCGGCACUGUCGCCUCGGUGGAGCAGUUUUGGAAGUUCUACAGUCACCUGGUUCGUCCUGGAGAUCUGACGGGUCACAGCGACUUCCACUUGUUCAAGGAAGGAAUUAAACCCAUGUGGGAGGAUGAAGCCAAUAAGAACGGAGGGAAGUGGAUUAUCCGGCUGCGUAAGGGUCUGGCGUCGAGGUUCUGGGAGAACAUCAUCCUGGCCAUGCUGGGGGAGCAGUUCAUGGUGGGGGAGGAGGUGUGUGGGGUCGUCGUCUCCAUUCGCUUUCAGGAGGACAUCUUAUCCAUCUGGAACAAAACAGCAAGCGAUCAGGUGACAACGUCGCGCAUCAGAGACACGCUGCGCCGAGUCCUCAACCUCCCGCCGAACACCAUCAUGGAGUACAAAACACACAACGACAGCCUCAAGGACAACUCCAGCUUCCGCAACACAAAGAUUGCUGUGUGAUGAACACACACACACCCGACCGCCACCCCGUCAGGAACAGGCUCCGCCCCCUCCACAACAUUCCAUUCUUGUGGUUACUUUUCCCCUUUUAAUGUAAAAUAUAAUAAAUGUCUUUGAUUAC